AUGGAAAGGAUAUCCAAACCAUAUCCCAACAAUAUCACAUACAUAUGUGUUCCCGGGUCGGAAGAAGGAGCUGAUUCCUCACCUCGUUCCUGUCCCAAAAAGACCUCAGAAACACGACACGGUGAAGUUAUAUAUGUUACCAAAGGCAAGGUUUUGGCCUGGGGUGGGACGGCCGUUCUCGAACGAUUACCUUCUGGUGCCGUUGUGAAGACACCCAUCCCAAAUCCAUAUUGCCCUCCUGAAGAAGAGGAUCAUCGUCGAAAUAUGCGUCUUGAGGCCAGGAUAUACGCCAUGAUAGGAGAGAAUCCAUGUGUCCCCAGGAUCAUUCACUGGGACCAAGAAACCUGCUGCCUCACCAUGGAGUAUCUGGAGAACGGGAAUCUUAAAGAAUAUGUUCCGCAGAGCAUGCAAAACAUCACACCUCAACUUCAACUCAAAUGGAGUAGACAGGCUGCUAAAGCGCUUGGUGUUCUCCAUGCUCUUCAGAUUAUACACUGCGAUUUGUCCCCAAGGAACUUCCUUCUUGACCUGAACCUUGAUGUUAAAAUCGCUGAUUUCGGCGGCGCUUCGCUGUGCGGCUCAGAUCCCUCAGCCACUCCAGCAACAAGGUUCCGACACCCUGGCUAUGAUUGGAAUGCUCCUCCAGUAUUUGAGGAUGAUAUUUUCAGUCUUGGGUCUCUCGUUUACUUUAUAAUGACAGGCUCUUAUCCCUACAAGGACAUUCUUAGUGACGAAGUUGAGAAGCUUUACCAAGUUCAGCAAUUCCCUGAUGUUUCUUCAAUUAUUUGUGGCACUGUUAUCAUGCAGUGUUGGCAUCGACGAAUACACUCGGCCCAUACUGUAUAUGACGCCCUUUCAGCUGUUAAAAGACAGUAUGAUUCAAAAAGGUUGGAAACAAAAUCGAAUUAG